AUGCUUCCUUCCUUUCCCGUGCUGCUGGAACCUACAAAUCAGUUGACCCCGGCAUGGACGUCCCCUCCCCUUCCCGUUCCGUUGGAAACUACAAAUCAGUUGAACCCGGCAUGGACGUCCCCUCCCCUUCCCGUUCCGUUGGAAACUACAAAUCAGUUGAACCCGGCAUGGACGUCCCCUCCCCUUUCCGUUCCGUUGGAAACUACAAAUCAGUUGAACCCGGCGUGGAUGUCCCUUCCCGUUCCGUUGGAAACUACAAAUCAGUUGAACCCGGCAUGGACGUCCCCUCCCCUUCCCGUUCCGUUGAAACUACAAAUCAGUUGA